UGAGCGUAGACACCCAGCUCCGCCGAGCUGUUGUGGAGCGGGCGGAGCUGGGUGUGUUUCUCGCUGACGGCGGAGCCGUUCCAAGAUGAGGAGAAUAACAGCGUCCUCCUGACACCGGUAGCGCACUCCUAGUGGCCCCGUCGGCCGAGCCACCGCUACUCAUUGCCAUGGAUGGCGGCGACAGCAAGGAUGUAAAGCUCUCAGCUGAAGUAGAGCCUUUCAUCCCUCAGAAGAAGGGCCAUGAGACAGCCCUGGUGGCCAUGAAUCUGCCAGGGGAGGGCUCACCUGGUGCCAGUGGGAGUGGGGUGGAGGCUACACCCAUUCCCAGCUAUCUCAUCACCUGCUACCCCUUUGUUCAAGAAAACCAGCCCAACAGGCAGCUACCCUUGUACAAUGGGGAUCUACGAUGGCAGCAGCCCACUCCCAACCCAGGGGGGCCAUACUUGGCAUACCCCAUUUUGUCUUCACCGCAACCCCCUGUGUCCAGUGACUAUACCUAUUACCAAAUAAUGCCUGCCCCCUGCCCACCAGUUAUGGGUUUCUACCAGCCCUUCGCCGCCCCCUAUACAGCUCCACUGCAAACAGGGGUGAUGAAUGCACUAUCAACUGAUUGCAGUGAGAGACCCCCACCUCCUGGCCAAGUUUUCAACAUGCACAGCCCCAGAGGGCGGGGCGUAGUUCGAGCUACUGUGGUUCCCAAGCAAGUUCCUCAGUCAAUGAGAAUAAAGAGACCCCCAAUGCGGAGCGUCGCAGUUCAGAAGGAGGUUAGCGCCUCUGGCCCCAAUGGCCGAUCAAGGACGGUCCUCCUGGUGGAUGCUGCCCAGCAGACAGAUUUCCCAGGCGAUAUCUCUGGCCGGCCCCUGUCAGAGAUGGCCAGCUCACUGCUGUGGAAGAACAAGGCGCGGCGGAGACGAGCAUCCCAUCCGACUGAGUCCUCCAGCGAGCACGGCGCCAGUGAAGCAGACAUUGACAGUGACAGUGGCUACUGCAGCCCCAAGCAUAACCAAACUGCUGGAGGUGCCCUGCGGCCUACUGACCCUGCAACCGCCACGGCUGGUGAAGCUGGAGCCACAACAACUGCCAGUUGGGUCAGUGUUGCAUCACAGGCCACGCAGAAGCCCUGGGGUGAAAGAAACUCCUUUUACCAAACAGGGGGCCCAUCUGUACAGAGGAACUUUGCCCAGUUGGACUUCCAGGCUGGAUAUAAUGGGCGUGGCUGCGGCUCCCCCUCUGAGCAAGGUUGUGGACAGCAGAAAAGGUUGCAGGAGGGGACUGUGCAGGUCUCCCCCAAAUCCAGUGUACCUCAGCUUGCCACAGAAUCCCUUUAUUUUGAGGAUGAAGACGAGUUUCCUGAACUUGUUUCUGGAGGAUCUGCAUCUCGAACUAAACCUGAGCAGGUUCAACCCAAGCUCACCAAGAACCUGCUUGCAAACUUGCCUGAAAAUUCCCCCAUCAACAUCGUGCAAACCCCCAUUCCUAUCACUACCUCCGUCCCUAAGAGGGCCAAGAGCCAAAGGAAGAAGGCACUGGCGGCAGCGCUAGCCACGGCUCAAGAGUACUCUGAGAUCAGCAUGGAGCAAAAAAAACUGCAGGAGGCCCUGACCAAGGCUGCAGGGAAGAAGAGCAAGACUCCAGUGCAGCUGGACCUGGGAGAUAUGCUGGCAGCCCUGGAGCGUCAGCAGCAGGCCAUGAAGGCACGGCAGCUCACCAACACCAAGCCUCUGUCCUACACAGUGGGCACGACAACUCCCUUCCACAGCAAGGAUUCGGGAAGUAAAGCCUCGGGAUUGAAGUGUCAGUCGUACCACGGCCCUCACAACAUCCUGGACUCUACUGCCCCAAGGGUGAAGAGGGGCAAAGAAAGGGAGGUCCCGAAGGUGAAAAGACCCACUGCCCUGAAGAAGAUUAUUCUGAAAGAGAGAGAAGUGAAGAAGGGCAAAUAUUGCUUGGAUCAGGAUGUGGUGAGGUCAGAGGAUCAGGCUGACCAUGAGCUGCUCUUCACGGACAACUUGUGUCAUGAGGGAGUAUCCCAAGAUGAGAAUGGUCUGAGUGUGCCCAGUGAUGCCUCACUGUCCCCAGCAAGUCAGAAUUCACCAUAUAGCAUCACGCCCGUGUCCCAGGGGUCUCCAGCCAGCUCUGGGAUCGGGAGCCCCAUGGCUACCUCGGCCAUCACCAAAAUUCAUAGCAGGAGGUUCCGAGAGUACUGUAACCAGGUGCUGAACAAGGAGAUCGAUGAGAGUGUGACGCUGCUACUGCAGGAGCUGGUACGCUUCCAGGAGCGCGUCUACCAGAAGGACCCCACCAAGGCUAAGGCCAAGCGCCGGCUGGUUAUGGGGCUGCGUGAGGUCACCAAGCACAUGAAGCUGCUCAAGAUUAAAUGUGUUAUCAUAUCUCCCAACUGUGAAAAGAUUCAGUCUAAAGGGGGUCUGGAUGAAGCUCUGUAUAAUGUCAUCGCUAUGGCCAGAGAGCAAGAGAUUCCAUUUGUGUUUGCAUUGGGCCGGAAAGCCCUUGGUCGUUGUGUCAACAAAUUGGUCCCGGUCAGCGUUGUGGGCAUUUUCAACUACUCUGGAGCAGAGAACCUCUUCAACAGGCUGGUGUCUCUGACAGAGGAGGCAAGGAAGGCCUACAAGGACAUGGUGUCAGCGCUGGAGCAGGAGCAGGCUGAGGAAGCCUUGAAGAAUGUGAAGAAAGUCCCUCACCACAUGGGUCACUCCCGGAACCCCUCAGCUGCCAGUGCCAUCUCUUUCUGCAGUGUCAUCUCAGAGCCCAUCUCUGAGGUCAAUGAGAAGGAAUAUGAGACCAACUGGAGGAACAUGGUGGAAACAUCUGAUGCUCUAGAGGCCGCAGAGAGUGAGAGAGAACCAAGCGGCCGUGCAACUACUGUCGAAAGCGGGCUGGUAGCCGUGCCUCGCAGGGACCUUAGGGAGGAUUCUGGUGUACUUUCAAAGGCUCCCACUGUGACCCCAGCCCCUGGGAAAACAGGGACCACUGAGCGGGAGGAGGGGAGGAUGGAUGAAAGGCUGGAGUGGGCAUCCCAGCAGAGCACGGAGACAGGCUCCCUGGAUGGCAGCUGCCGGGACCUGCUCAAUUCCUCUAUCACCAGCACCACCAGCACGCUGGUUCCUGGUAUGCUGGAGGAGGGUGACGAGGAAUACGAGGAUGAUGAAGAGGAGGAAGACUAUGCCCCCGAGCCCAUCUCUGUGGAAGUGCCACCCCUCAGCAGCCGAAUUGAGUCCUGGGUCUCUGAGACUCUGGAGAACCUGCAACUAGGAAAGAGUCGGGAGAGCACUGAGGAUGAAGAGGAGCAGGACCAGGUUGGACACAGCGAGGAGGAAGAGUUGCACCGUGCAGAGCUGGUGGAUCCAGGACCAGGCCACAAAGAGCAAGCACUUGAGCCCAAGAACAUCCUGUGUUGACUCACCGGCCCUUGCAGACUCCUGCUCCAUCCCAGUGACCAACCAGCAGCUUCUCUCCGACAAGGCUCAGUGGGGCGGUUUGACUCUGGACUGCCACAGGAGACGUGGUAACUCAGGAAUCCGGACCUGACCAACUGACUCUGAAACACAAAGAGGAACACUGUCCAGUUGCCUAGUCCAUGUUUUAAGCAUUUCUGGUCAUUUCAGUAUUACUGUUGUGUUCUUAGAGAAUACCAUUCUGUCAUGGAAAAUUUCCUCAUGUUUUCUGAAGUCGUAAAGUCUUAACAUUUUCUUUUAUCAAAACACUGAGGAAAAUUUGUUAAAUAUUGUUGGGAUUGUUUUCCAUUACUAAGAAACGAGUAUGAGUUUUCCAUUCAGAUUUUAGUAGCCUUGCUUCCCUCUUUAUGGUCGAUCCUCUACUCUGUGAUGCCUGAAGUUAAUCAGUGUUCCACAUACAGAGCAUUACGGUUGGUGCUGGCAAUAAGGAUACUGCAACCCAUUUUCUUUAAUCCUCUUUUUACAUCACACUGAGGAUGCAAAUCUUGCUGACAUUGAAGACUAUACUUUUCAGAUUUAGCUUGGCAUUGAAAACGGUUGUUUUUAUAUCUGUUAUAGCAAUAGUCAGUUUACUUCUGAGGUACAUUAAACAGGAUUUUGAGUUCUCAGUUUGUGGAAUUUUAAGCAGGUAUACAUAUCAACGUGUACACUGAAAUGGAUAGAACCAUGGAGAACAACACAUUUGACAUGGUGUCAUAUGCCUGAAACCUUUAAUGCCAACCCCAAAUCAGAAAAGAUUGUCAGGACUUUGGUGCUCUAAAAUGAAAAGAAGCUGAAAUCGCAGAAUAAUCCAGAUUUUCAAAAUGUAGUUUACUCAAACAUCCUUUAAUCUGUAAUAUUUGUGUUGCUGAGUUUGAACUGAUAAGAGGGUUGUCUAAUGCAGCACUGUAAUUUGGUUUAUAGCUGUGUUUUUCUUUGGCAUUUUCUUGGUACCAAUGCUUGAGUUAUCAGGAGUAGAAUGUAAAAUGUUGCUUCUGUGUGGAAUAUAGCAUAGAAUUUGUGUAAUUCAUUAUGACACUAGCGUUCCUGGUUCAGUUGAAACAGUUCUGAAGACAUGGGAGAGAGGCAGUUGAAUCUAAAAGGUCAGACUGUUUCUGUAAAUUGCAGAGGAGUGCUUUGUAAAGAGUAGCUCACACAGGUGUGUCCACAUCUGUCAGUUUCCAUCAGUGUCUCUCAGCUGGUGCCUCACGUCUUCUUUUCUCCUCAUCCUUUCCUGGGACCACUCUUCUCUUCCCUAUCUCCGUUUACUCUCAUUGAAUCCCUUCCAUUUUAUAUGCUACACAGUGUGAUGACUGUGAUUUCCAGAUGGCAGUUUGAUCACAGCCCUUGUAUGAAAUAUGAAGUUGAAGACCAGGAACAUGAUCACGGUUCAGCUGCAAACAGGAAGGCAUUAUCCUUCACCUUUGAGGUCUGCACCAGAUCCCUUGGUAUCUUCAGAUUACCAAUGAUUAUGACCUUUUAUUAACUUGUAUAAAUGGCUAUAUAUGAUUACAUAGCAAAACAUAUUUUCCCAUUUUUUUUAAGUAACUUGAAAUCUUUGUUUUAAAGAUUUAAAAUUUAAA